UCAGGAUAAGCCCCUGGAGGCCGCGCCGGACCAGCCGCAGCACCCUGUCCACCUGCAGAAGAGAGCAGCUCCCCAAGACCCCAGUCCGGAGGACCUGGCGGCCCUCAAGGACCUGCUCGUCGCCCAGGUGGCAGCCGAACUGCGAAGAUCUUGGCAGGAGCUCCCCGCUCUUGUUCGCCCCUCUCUCCGGCCUCCCCGGCGAGCUGCCCACCAUCAAGAGGCAGAUCCGCUACCACCAGUGCUACUUCAACCCCAUCUCUUGUUUCAGGCGGAAGUAAACAAGACGCCAAAAUGUAAUAUGGUGACGACGCCUCCAGCCUGGCGCCGCCGCCCUUAAUGUAGACGCAGAUAAAGAAGAUGCAUUCAGGACAGCGAUCCUGUUCACAUUUCAGUCCUUCUCCUCCGACCCUUCCCAGCGCCUCCUUCAGUGAGCCUCGACAACCUCCUUGAGCCAACUUCCCGCGGUGGGCGGGUCAGGCGGAGCUCCUACAGGCACCUGCUGGAAGGGCGCGGCAGACCAUGAUCACCUCUUUGUACAGAUGCUAAACUCUAAUGAUAUUCUCGUCCUAUAAUAAAAUUGCUUUGGUUAUGAUAUAUUUAGGAUAAAGUUGUGCAUUUUUAUACUUAAAAAAUGCACGAUAUAUUGUAACAGUUCUAAUAAAAUUUCUGAGAAGUUUGUAGGAAAUUUGUUGCUCGGAUCACACCCCCUCCUGCUAAACAAGGUAAAAUGUAAACAUCUGCCCCUCGCGUGCACGGUGGCCCUGAGGCAGCGACCGCACGCAGGUGCUUUCGCUGUACAGUCUGUCACUUCCUGAAUAAAACUGCAUCUUGAUAUGAAUUUUUCCAAGUGUAUAGUCAUGCUAAAUGCAACACUGAUCUUGAUAUUCAGCCUCAGAUUUGUUUUAUUGGGCGAUUUCCUGGCAAAUAAAAAUUCUGUGGAAAA